CGGGCAGAACAUUGCAUCCCAUGCCCUAGCUCUGGGUAGCAUUCGACGGAGAUUGCUACCGACUGGUCACUGAAAAGUUGCCCUGGAAGCUGAAAACUACUGUCGGGAAUUGUCCAACUCUGAUUGGUUUCCAGCGCACCUUGUAUCCAUCAACAGCUUAGAAGAACAGCAAUUUAUAGUGGAGCUUUUUAAAGCUUUUUAUCCAUUGGAAGAAUUGCCUUCUAUAAAGGCCUGGCUCGGAUACAACGAUAUGGAGAGGGAGACGCGCUUCGUGUGGAGUGCCAGCUCUGGUGCCACCUUCACGCGAUGGGCAAGCGAUCAGCCUGACAACGGAAGAGGGAAAGGCCAAGACUGUGUUGCUAUAAGACAAGAAUACAAUUGGAAAUGGGAUAAUAUGACUUGCAGCGGCCGGGAAGAACAUUGCAUCCCUUGCCCUAAGCGCUGGGUAGCAUUCGGCGGAGAUUGCUACCGACUGGUCACUGAAAAGUUGCCCUGGGUUGAAGCUGAAAACUACUGUCGGGAAUUGUCCAACUCUGAUUGGUUUCCAGCGCACCUUGUGUCCAUCAACAGCUUAGAAGAACAGCAGUUUAUAGUGGAGCUUUUGAAAGCUUCUUAUCUAUUGCAAGAAUUGCCUUCUGUAAAGGCCUGGCUCGGAUACAACGAUAUGGAGAGGGAGACGCGCUUCGUUUGGAGUGCCAGCUCUGGUGCCAACUUCACGCGAUGGGCAAGCGAUCAGCCUGACAACGGAAGAGGGAAAGGCCAAGACUGUGUUGCUAUAAGACAAGAAUACAAUUGGAAAUGGGAUGAUAUGACCUGCAGGUUCGGUCGUCAUUUCAUUUGUGAACUAAAAAUGCUGAAUGGUCGUAAGUAGGAAGAUCGUUCCUUGUAUCUGCAUUUGCCCCUUUGACAAGGCGAACGCCAUAUGUCGGCGGUUCCCCUAUAUGUCAAUGUCUUUGUUCAAGGGGCGUUAGUAAGAAACCAUUUAACCCGUAUGUGUAUCAUUUUAGCUGUUCGUUCACUGUUUGAUACAUUAUUGAUUGAACAUUUUUAAAAUAACACUACGUAGCUGACAUAAAAUGAAAGUUGAAAAUGUUUUUCCUAUUCAAGGAGAGGGCGUAGUUUGACAUUUUCCUAUUUUAAGGGAUAUUUAUCUUAUUUGACAUUUUCAGUGUUCAUCGUAAUUUCAAUUGACAGUGAUUUGGACACAGUCAUCAGUUUUAAGUCAUUUUUUACUAACCAAAAAUGAACACAACCGUUGCGACUCCACACUGCUAGUUUAAAGUUUUAAAGACCGUUUAAAUUAACCUUCGUUAUUAUAAUUUCAUGCAGGUUUUCCCACUUACUUUAACAUAUAUCAUUUAAAUUCCGCUAUAUUUUUAGUUUUAUUUCCAGAACGGAUUUCCCAAUAU